CAAAAAUGACUAUCCAUUGUUAUCUCUUUCCAACCAUUCAUCAAUUUCAUUAAUUCCAUUUCGAUUUCAACUUUUCUAUUAUCUAUUGCCAUAUAUGACUUAUCACGCAAUUGCCUAAAAGGGGGGCCGGCACAGAAACCUAAUGCUAUUUCUAUUUUAAGACCGCAGUGCACACAGGUUAAUGUUAAUGGAUUCUCAAUCUAUUCUUACUAACAACAACAAACAAAACAACAACGACUAGUAUCAUCCUCUCGAAAUUGUGCAAAACCUUUAACGAGUUUAAUUUCCAACUAUGUCCGGAAACGAAUCUAAUCUCACGAAUGUGGAAGCUGCCACAGCAGCCAUAGCCAUGGAACCCAGUGACCCCAUCAGCAUUAUGCCAUCUCCAUCCAGUAAAAGGCUAACAUCAAUUGAUCAUACGGUGCCAGCAUCCCCGACACUGCAAAGUCCUAGUGUGCGACGUAAUAAGAGCGAUGGCAAUCUAAUGGCUCAAGAUGUGAAGGAAGCACGUGUUAAAGUCAUCUAUACCGGUGGCACCAUUGGCAUGAUGCGGAACGAUCGACACGUCCUUACACCCAUUCCAAAUGCUUUGGUCCGCAGCAUACGGAAAUAUCCAAACAUACAUGAUGACGAAUAUGCGCAAUUGCGUUUUGGGGCUUCAGCAUCGAUGGCUCCCUUGGUCCUUCCUUAUGUACAAGACGAACCAAGGCGUGUGCUCUAUCAGAUUACGGAAUAUACUCCGCUGCUGGACAGCAGUAAUAUGACGAUGAACGAUUGGGCCCGCAUAGCCAAUGAUAUACAUCAAUCUUAUGAGUUCUUUGAUGGUUUCGUCGUGUUACACGGCACCGAUACACUCUCCUAUACCGCGUCCGCGUUGUCGUUCAUGCUUGAAAACCUUGGGAAAACGGUCAUUAUCACAGGAUCACAGAUACCCAUCUUUGAGACGCGCACUGAUGGCAAGGAUAACUUUACGUCGGCUUUGAUUAUAGCAGGAAACUAUAUCAUACCAGAGGUAUGCAUUUUUUUCGGCCACAAACUGAUGCGUGGCAAUCGGACGGUGAAAAUUAGUUCCAAUUCGCUAGAUGCCUUCGAUUCACCAAAUGUGCCACCGCUGGCUCGGAUCGGAAUCAAUGUGAAUGUUGAUUAUCGUCUCAUCUUCCGGCCAUGUAGCAUUGAACGUUUUUGUGUCCACCUGAAUCUGGACGAGAAUGUGGGCGUAUUGCGAUUAUUUCCAAGUAUUUCAUUGUCCACUUUCCGGGCAUUUUUGGCCCCACCCAUGAGGGGUGUGGUAUUGCAAUCGUUUGGCUCGGGAAAUAUACCAUCUAACCGAAAGGACCUUAUGGAUGCACUUAAAGCGGCCGCCGAUCGCGGUGUGAUCAUAAUCAAUUGCACUCAGUGUCCAAACGGCUCAGUGGCAGCCAUAUACGAUACGGGCAAAGUGCUCAGCGACGUGGGUGUGAUACCUGGCUAUGAUAUGACGCCCGAAGCGGCUCUCGCCAAGCUGGCCUACGUUAUUGGCAAGGAGGAAUGGUCCUUGGAGGUUAAAAAGCAGAUGAUGCAAUCGAACCUCCGCGGCGAAUUAACAUCGAUUAUUGCCCCCAAAAUGGAAGAUUAUGACCUGGUGGAUGCUGUUGCCCGUUCGCUGCAUCUCUCGUCCCCGCAGGAGCUGGAUCAGUUGGGCGCAACGCUCUUUCCGGCAAUGAUCAAUGCUGCUGUAGUUGAUGGGGAUUUGAAAAAGAUCAACAACCUAAAGGCAUACGGCGCAGAUCUAUCCGGAUCGAAUCAUGAUCAUCGCACUGCCCUUCAUUUAGCCUGUCAGCUGGGGAAUGUAGAGAUUGUAAAGCAUUUGUUGCGCAAUGGUGUAUCUGUGCACACACGCGACCGCUAUGAGCGCACAGCCCUCCUGGAGGCCGUGUCCACGGAUAACCAUGAGAUCAUCCAGUUGCUAAUCAAUUGUGGAGCCCAUUUGACGGGCUCAUCUCGUGCUGUUGGCGAACAGCUUUGUGCGGCAGCUGCCCGCGGUUCAUUGCUUCGCCUGAAAUCGUAUCAGUAUGCGGGUGCUGAUCUAUCACAACCGGAUCCAUCUGGACGCACUGUUUUGCAUCUGGCUGCACUUCAUGGUUUUCCCGAAGUGAUUCAAUAUGUCCUGCCGUACAUGGAAAACGUUGCAGCUGAGGAUAUGCUGGGACUUAAUGCUCUACACUAUGCUAAACGUGGUGGUGAUCCAGCUGUAGUGGAUCUACUUAAAUCGGUUAUUUCCUAAGGAAUUGGGUACUCAACUCUCCUCCUCAUUAAAAGAAUCUAGUCUUAGUAGCUUUCGUAUUUUUAUUAACCAAAAACUAUGUUUAUGUGAGUGUCCUUUGUAAAUGUAACGUAAAUUGAAAAUAAUUAAAGUUCAAAAUAGCCAUCUA